GUGUGUUGUACAUUUGUAUGUGUAGGUGUGUAGUCUGUACUGUGCUGUAUGUUUUUACACGAACCAUGCAAGUGUGGUGUAUGUUAAUGCAUGUGUAGGUAUGUAUGCACACGCAUACAUGUGCAUUCUUGUACUGUGCUGUAUUUCAUAUGUACUGUGCGUGUUGUGUGAGUGUGUGUACAUGUGUAGGUGUGUAGUCUGUACUGUGCUGUAUGUUUUUAUAUGUACUGUGCACAUGUGUGUGUUGUACAUUUGUGUGUGUAGGUGUGUAUGUGCACACAUAGAUGUGUAGUUUGUGUACUGUGUUGUGUGUAUAUUUUAUAUGUAUUGUGUAUUUUAUAUGUGUAUGUGUUUCUGUGUGUAGUGCGUGACUUGCACAUAUGUGAGUUCAUGUGUAUUAUGUGUAGUGUGUAUUUUGUGUGCAUGUAUGGGAGGGGGCGGUUCCUUUCUCAUCUGAACAGAAACCCGGAAGUGGAGUGCUGACAAAGGACCCCCCCAUUCCUGCCACGGUCUCUAUGCCCUGGUCACCUCGUGGUCCACAAGGGCUGCUGGAGCACCGACCAUCAUCUCUACGUUGAUAAACAGAAGAAUGUGAAAGUGGAGUGAGAAGAGUAGGCCCUGCCCGGCAGCCCUGUGUCAAGGAUGUUUCCCAGAAGCACGUCCCGUAGUUCCUCCUCUGUCUGUCACAGAAAGACAGCACGUAUCUGAAAGUCAGAGCACGUUCAGAUAUGCAAAAUAAAGCAGCACGCUCUUUUCAGGAUCAGCGGCGAGCUGGAGAAGGGAGAGAACUGGUGAGCCGGCGGAGGAGUGAGAGGCCGCUCAGUGUCCAGGGCAGAGGCAGGAGAGAAGCCCAGGGCAGCCAAGAGCCCAGCAGGUGCCUGUGUGCAGGAGAGCACCUGCCGUCCUCUGGUUCAGGAAGAGCGGGUGGCUGCCAGCCCCGGAGGCCCGAAGCUGGGCUGGCACUGUGGUGCUGUCACCUCACCCGACUGCUGGUUCCAGUCCUGGCUGCUCCACUGCUAGUGCACCUGAGAGAGCGGCAGGGGAUGGCUUGAAUUUUUGGGCCACUGCACCCAUGUGGGAGACUCGGUUGGGUUUCAGGCUUCUGGCUUCCGUCUGGCCCAACCCCAGCCAUUGCAGCCAUCUAGGGAAUGAACCAGCAGGAGGAAGAUCUCUCCCUGCCCCCCAGCCCGUCUUUCAAAUAAACAAAAUAAAAAUAAUUUAAAAACAAGAAAACAAAACCAGAAGGACCAAGCACCCUGCCCACAAGUAGAGGACAGAUGGGUAGCCAGCCAGGUGCAGACGGGGCAGGGCGGAGUGAGCUGAGUGACCACGUGUGGCAUGGAAAGGGCACAUCCCCAAGACCUUGGACGGUCGUCUGCAGGCCCUGCACCUGCAGCUGGGCCCAGAGAGCUGGGCAGGUGGGCUGUGCAGCUGUGAGCAGGGCAAAGUGAGCUGAGCGACCACGUGUGGCAUGGGAGAGGCACUGAGCCCGUCCAGGGGCAUGUCCCUGAGACCUGGGACAUCAUCUGCAGGCCCCCAGAGAGCUGGGCAGGCGUGAGCAGGGCAGCCCGCCCCAGUGACUGGAAGGGACAGCUUCCAGGGGCCCACAGAGGCUACAAGGCUCUGGUUCCAUGUGUGUGGGGUGUCUCCCGGGGGUCCCCUGAAAUGGCCCUUGGGGGUGUCUAUUCUUGUCAGCAUGAGCUUCUCCAGCAGCCAGAGCAGCUGCCCACAAGCUCCUCUCCAUGGUGGCUGCCCUGAGCCAGGUGCCCAUGCUCAGGGCUCCUGGGGCCACCUCUGCACCCCAGCCUCAACAUGGCCCUCGUCCUGGAGAAGCUGCCCAGCCACGGUCACCAGAGGCCGCCUCGGCUUGAGUCCUUCACUGACAGCUGUGGGUUGGCCGUGCGUGCAGCCCUGCCAUCCUGGACGGCCAAGGCUGGCCUGCUUUCUGCACUAGCUUUCUCUCGCUGUUCCCUGAGUCUUGGGAGGGAGGGAGAAGCCAGACAUGCUGUUUCCGCAAGCUGUGAGCAGGGCUGCUGAGGCUGCGGCUCAGGCCGUGCAGCCACAAGCGGGGCUCGGCCUGGCUGGGGGCAGCGCAGUGGUGGAGGGGCCUGAGGCUGGCGGCAGCAGGGACAGCUGCGGGCUGGUUCUUUGCCUGGGAGGUGUGAGGCUGGCAUGUAUGUUCUAGGCAUUUUUAUGUCGGUGUCUUAGAAUUUAGUGCCAUGCUGUUCCAGUUCAGGGUUGGCAGUCCGCUGGAAAAUACCAGACCCUUGGAGAGACGCUCACGGGACACUGCUCACGCGUCGUGCAGGGAAGAGAGCAGCUGCAGGCGAUGCAUGCGUGUCACAUGAUCUCUGGUCUGUGACAGUGGCUGUGCAAGCAUACACGCCCAUGUACACGGCAGCCACACAGACAUCAGCACACCCAGCUCGUCGCGACCGUGACCUCUGGGUGCUGGGGUCACAGGCGAUUUCAUUGUAUUUUUCCUCUCUGCUUCCAUGUCUCUGAGACAAACCGGUUGCCACGGAGACCGUGCUGUUGUCAAGGCAGCUGAUUGGCCAGCGCGGGACCGAGGCUUCCUGGGAGCCCCUGAACGAGUGCGGCUGUCAGCCCGCAGUGCAGACACGCGCAGCAUGGACGCGGCUGGGGCGGACGUGUGGGUGAGCACCUUCGCCCAGCUGAUGAGCGAGAGGAAGCCCCGAGACGCCUGGGUCCUGCUCCCCCAGGAGAGCCUGGCCGCGGGGCCCCUGGACGGCAGCAGCUUCCAGUAUCGGCUGAAGGGGCUUUCAAGGCUCCAGUGCAGCCGCUGCCUGUGGGUCUGGCGCUCGGCGCACGUGCACAUCCUCUUCCACCUGUGGUGGGACGCGGGCAGCCGCCAGGGGCUGGUCAAGAUGCGCGUGUGGGGCCAGCGGUGCCGGAUGUGCCCCCCGGGGCCGCCGGGCCCCCGCGGCGACUGCCAGGUGAGCCCCCUCAACGUGUGGAUCUUCCUCAGCAAGCUGGUGCUGCACAUCCUGAGGCGGUGCUACGGCGACCACCUCAGCCAGUGCCCCGAGGUCCGCUUCGGCGACCGCUGCGAGGCCUGUGAGCUGCAGCUCUGCUUCCUGCAGACGGCGCCCGAGCUGGCCUGGGGGCCGGCGGCCAGGGCCGGGCACGCGGCCGGCUGCUGCGCCGGCGGCCACGACCCCGGCGGCCUCGCCGAGACCGACUUCCUCGACGGCGCCGCGGCGGACGGCGGCGAGUGCCCGCACGAGGGCGCCCGCGUCGUCUCGCUGCCCUUCUCCCUGGUGGACGGCGGCCGGCCCGCGGCCGGCGAGCGCCCGGCUGCCCUUGGCAGGGGCACCCUGCGCCUGUUCGGGCCCGGCGGCGCGGCGCCCGAGGGCGGCGGCAUCCCCGUGGACGUCGGGGACCCGGUCUUCCACGCCGAGGGCCUGUGCCUCGGCGACGUCGAGCCCACCUUCGAGCUGCGCGGCUUCGUCUUCGGCGGCCACGGCGGCGCGCCCCGCCCCGUGGGCGUGGCCAAGGGCCAGGGCCCGCUGUCGCUCAGCGCGGGGCUGGCGGCUGCCGGGGCCCCGCUGCCGGCGGUGUCCUACGUGGUCGGGCUCUCGGCCGACGGCGAGGGCGCGGUCACCUUCCCGCUGUCGGCGUUGGGCGUGCUGGGCACGGCGCCCCCCGGCGAGGCGUGCUACGUCACCUUCCCCUUCAGCUUCGCCGCGGGCGCCGGGAAGGAAGACGGAGGCGCCCCGACGACGCUGGGCAGCGAGGCGCGCAGCCCUGUGGCGGUCAGCAGCGGCUCCAUCGCCAUCCCCGUGUCGGCCCUGGAGGUGGUGCAGCGCCAGGGCCCCGAGCACGCGGCCGGCGGUCCGCACAGCGGCGGCCUCGCGGCCUACAGCUACUGCCGGCGGCGGCACCGGGCCAGGCCGGGCCAGCCGGGCUGUGGGCCCCACGCCGAGGACGAGCCGCACGCCUGCAGCGUGCACCGCCGGCCCCGCGCAGAGCCGUCCGAGGACUUCUGGAUCUGGGUGUCCAUGACCGUCUGCAUCUUCUGGCUCAUGUGCAUGUGCAGACUCAACUUCAGCAUCUUCCAGCAGCCGGCCUAGGGUACGGCCGCGCCCCGAGCCGCCCCGGCCGCCCCGAGCCGCCCCGGCCGCCCCGGCCGCCCCGGCCGCCCCGGCCGGCCCCGCCUCCGGGCCCCCGCCUCGAUGUGCGUGCCGGUUUUGUGUGUGUUCGUCCUGUUUCUGGUCCUGUACACGUGUGUUUCCGGUGCUUUUCUCUCUGUAUGUAGAAGUACAAUAAAACGAAGUGGAUCCCA